AUGUCUGUAGACCGUGGGGAUUUCUCGUUUUUAAACCCAUAUGAAGACGGGGCACAGCCAAUUGGUUACCGUGCAACAAUAAGUGCUCCUCACAUACAUGCAUACGCUUUGGAAAUACUAGAAGGUUAUCUUAACCCUGGUUCACGUGCCUUAGAUGUUGGGUCAGGUAGUGGAUAUUUAACAGUGUGUAUGGCACUUAUGGUGGGCCCCAAAGGUGUUGCAGUAGGCAUUGAACAUAUUGAUGAGUUAACUAAAUAUGCAUUAGGAAAUGUUGACAAAUGGAUGAAGAAUAGUGAAGCAGCUAAAUCAGCUAGCAUAAAAUUGGGAAAACAAUUAAAACUUGUAACUGGUGAUGGUCGUCAAGGUUGGCAAACUGAUGCCCCUUAUGAUGCUAUUCAUGUUGGUGCUUCAUCUCCAACUAUUCCUGAUGCCUUAAAGGAACAGUUAAACGUGGGCGGUCGUCUAAUUUGCCCUGUAGGUCCAGCAGGUGAAGUUCAAGAACUGGUUCAAAUUGAUCGUUUACCAGAUGGUUCAUUCCAGAAUAAAUCACUUAAGCAAGUUAUGUUUGUACCACUAACGGACAAAAAUUUACAAUUAGGAUCAAGGUAA